AUCGCAUGCUGGGACCGCGGGUGUGGGAUAGGGACGGAUGACAAAGCAAGAGCAGAAAAAAGAACUUUCACCAUCCUCCCUAUCAAUACAAGAUUCAUCUACACAAAUUAUAAUAUACUCCGUGCGAAGGAAAGAUCAAAUUAGAGAUUCAUUCGAUCAAUUCUGAUUGUUUCCUUCCAUUCCAAACCACCUUCAAUUCUGAUUUCUGCGGGUGUGGGAUAUCGUCCCCCCUUGCCAUUCCAAAUCCUCCUCUGCAAUUUUCUCAUGGCAGCUGACGUUUCCAUCCCAACUCGAUCCGCGUCAACCGCCCGCUAAUUCCUCCUAGUUCUAGUCCCCUCUCUCCUGCGCCGACUCAUCUUUUUCCUCGUGUCACUCCCCUGCUGCUGCUGCUGCCGGGAAGAUCAAAUCCCGUCAAAAGGCCAAUGCACUUUCCGUACCCCUGGAGACGACUCUGGAUUUCGGGCCAUGGAAGUGCUCUUUUCCCAUGACUGGGGGAAAGAAAUCCCUCCUUUUUUGAAAGCAGGCUGUGAAAAGAAACGAAAUCACUUUGACCUGUGAUUUGGUUACUCUAGGCCUCUCUACCAUUUACUCUGCUACCUGAGUGAUGAUGCAACUGCGCAGACUGUUCGUGUUGCUGUGAAUACCUUCUGUUCGAUUGCAGGCUCCAAAGGAUCAGAGUUCUGUCAAGAUGGCAUGCCCAAGAGGAAGGACACCAUUUCCCCUUUGUUUCUUUCUGAUGAUUUGCCUCAUGGCUCAGCUGGGAGCUUCCAAUGUUGUACUCAUGGCGAACAACACUACCUUGUCGUUGGAUGAUGUCGAGGCAACUUUUACUCCAGCAGUGGAAGGUUCAGGUGUAAGUGGCGUUCUUUAUGCUGUGGAACCUAAGGAUGCAUGCAGUCCAUUGAGAGCGAAAGCGAUUCAAGGCUCUGUCUCACCUUUUGCGUUGAUUAUAAGAGGCGGUUGCCAAUUUGAUGACAAAAUUAGAAAUGCACAGAAUGCUGGAUUCAAGGCUGCUGUAGUAUAUAAUAAUGAAGAUAAUGACAUCCUUGUUUCAAUGGCUGGAAGCUCGCUUGGUGUCCAGAUAUAUGCAGUGUUCAUCUCUAAGGCAUCAGGGGAGGAGCUGAAGAAAUAUUCAGGCCAAACUGAUGCAGAGUUAUGGAUAAUACCAACAUAUGAGAACUCAGCUUGGCCAAUCAUGGCAAUUUCAUUCGUAUCACUGCUUGCUAUGUCUGCUAUCCUAGUUGCAUGUUUCUUUGCGAGGAGACACCAGAUCAGACGGGACAGGGCAAGACUUCCCCGAGCUCAGGAGUCCCAUGGAAUGAGCAGUCAAUUAGUUAAGGCAAUACCAAGCCUUAUUUUCACAAAAGUGCAAGAAGACAACUGUACAUCAGCAACAUGCGCCAUUUGCUUGGAAGACUACAGUGUUGGAGAAAAGAUAAGAGUGCUACCUUGUCGACACAAGUUCCAUGCGGCUUGUGUGGACCUAUGGCUCACCUCAUGGAGAACAUUCUGCCCUGUAUGCAAGCGGGACGCAAGUGCUGGAACGUCAGACCCCCCUGUAUCAGAGUCUACCCCUUUGCUUUCAUCAUCCGCCACACGCUUGCCGGAAUCAACUGUGUUGGCUUCCUUGCGGUCUACAGCAGCAGCGUCUCCCCCCAGGACGAUCAGCCGGCAUCCUUUGUUGCGGUCAAUAUCCCGCAAUUACUCUGUUUCAGGUUCCAGUAUCCUUCGCACCCCCGACUCUAGGUUUGAUGCAAACUCAUCUAUCUGCACAAGUGGAAGCAACUUGGACCUUGCAAAUGUACCAUCCCCAUGGUCUGGCACUUGGCACCGUGCGUCUGCUCACUCUUUGUGCAGGGGCUACUUGUCCCCACCGAUCGGCAUCAGGAAUACCUCAGCACAUGUCUCGCGUUCUGCCAAUGGAUCUCCCAGUCGUUACGUAGGCUCAUCACGCAUGUCCCAUGGAUCUUCAGGGCAGCAGCAUCCUCACCUGAGGCACUGCACAUUGUCAGGCCCGAGCCUGUUCACCAUGGUGCCCCAGUCACCGCAACAGAACCAGUUGCAGCAUGGUGGAUACUCGGAAACAAAUCUGUCGGCUGCCGCAUCGGCUCAAUCAUUCCGUCAGCUCUACCUGCAGCAUUGCCCUGAUUCUGACACGUCGUCUCAGUCACUUCCAGGGUGCUGAUCUCUUGCUGCAAUAUUCACUGAUUCUUGCGCCCAUGAGAAAUCUUGCCUGGUGCUGAAUUGACAUGUGGAUUUUGAGCUCGUCAGCAUAGUUCACCAUGAUGAUAAAAAAAAGAGAAAGAAGUUUGGAGUAGUUUUACAUGUGGAAACAAAACUGCUUGUAAGAAGAGAGAAUGUGCAGCCCCAGAGUGUGAGCAAUUUUACAUGCUUGAGUGUACAGGGGUUUGGAGUAGUCUUGGACUUGCUUAUUUUGAGGCAUGUAUUGCAGUCAUAGGUUACUUCUGCUCAAUAGUUUAUGUGUUGCCUCUGUCUGGUUUCUCAAGCGUUUAGCUUUUACCGAUACUAGAAAAGGAGGCGCGCUUCGCGGCGCCCUACCUCCAUUAGUCAAAUGCAAUAACAAACUUUAUUUAGUA